AUGGCAACCUUUCUCUCCUUUGCUCCAAUCACUCCCCAUCUAAAAUCUCACUACCACCAAAGCAUCAUUUUUUCACCCAACUACAGUUUCAAACUCAACACAAUUCGAUGCAAUGGAGAGAACCCAACAAGCAGUUCUUCAUCCUCUAAACAGGAAUCCGAACCUGAGAAUGCCGUGCUCAAGCUAGCUUGGUACAGCUCCGAGCUUCUGGGAAUUGCUGCUUCAUUUUUCCGUUCACCAUCCAAUAGUAGUGCUGAAGCUUCUGAAAAGGAUAUCAAACUUGGCAAAGACGUUUCAGGCGCCAUUGAUCGUGCUGUUGUGGUGGAAACCAUCAAAGAGGACUUCCAAAGAUCGUAUUUUGUCACAGGGAACCUUACACUUGAUGCAUAUGAAGAGAAUUGUGAAUUUGCCGAUCCAGCUGGUUCGUUUAAAGGACUUCAACGUUUCAAAAGGAACUGUACAAAUUUUGGAUUGCUUAUAGAGAAGUCUAAUAUGAAGCUUACAAAGUGGGAAGACUUUGAGGACAAGGGAAUUGGACACUGGCGGUUUAGUUGUGUCAUGUCAUUUCCUUGGAAGCCCAUUCUUUCUGCUACUGGGUACACAGAAUACCUUUUUGAUGAACAAUCUGGAAGAGUAUGCAGGCAUGUGGAGCAUUGGAAUGUUCCCAAAAUGGCACUGCUAAAGCAGCUUCUGAAGCCCAGGCAGGGGUUUUGGGGUGGUAGAAAAACCAGUGCUUGA